AUGCUGCUUCCACAGAAUGCAGGGAGUGCGAUUGAGGCGAGACAGCAGCCGCCGCCGGACAAUGGGGUGAACGGAACGACUAUCGCUGUCGCUGUCGUUGUAUCGCUAAUCAUCCUCAUAUCGUUCAUACUAGUCUUCUGGUUGUACCUAAGAACGAUACGGAAACGAACUUCGAGCUCACGAUAUAUACCAACGCAAUUCUUGAAACGAAGAUGGGAGAACUGGACGCCAAGAGGGCUCACGUCGCCGAAAGGAGGGUACAGCUCGCGACUGCAGGAAGAUCAGUCUGUUCCGACCCUACAUCUGCGUAGCGAGAACAGGAGCGCUAGGAAUAGUACACAGAAUAUACUGGACGUCGAGCGCGCGCAAGCUGCUAAUACGCUGAACACUGGCGGCGGUCAGGCCGACGCAGGCGCAAUAUUAGACCGAAGCACAAGCGUGCGCUCCGUCAUGACAUUGCCAGCAUACUCGAGAUCUGUCCGAGAAAGCGAACGUGUGCUGGGCAGAGAGGGCGAGCGGGGCGGCAUCGACGUGGUGGUGGAAGCUCCAGAGACGAUAGACGAGGAGGAGGAGCGCCGAGAAGGCGAGAUGGAAAGUCUCUACCAGAUCCGCCUCCAGCGAAGACAAGAGAUCGCGGAACGAGAAGAACGAAGACGGCUGAGGCGAGAAGCACGAGAUAGAGGCGAUCAUACCGAGCUCAGGCGACUACGGCAGGAUAGCAGACGAGCGACGGAGCAGCGCGAAACUGCUGGUGCGCAGGCCAUGAUCGCCGAGUAUCAGGCACAACCACGAGAAAGGAGAGUUAGUAGCGUCAGCUAUGCCGAGCUAGGAGUCGCACGACACGACGGCACACGCAUACGUGCCAACUCCAACGAGUCGGACCGCCCCUUACUCGACUCCGCAGCUAGUAUCAGUGGCGGUGCGAGUAUACGGCCGUGGUCAACGCAGGAAUCACUACACGCCCAUCACCAACGCGAUCGCUCAACCAACUCAAUCAUGACCGCUUCAGACGACGGCUCCGACCUCGAUCUCCCGCCCUUUGGCCGAGCAGGUAACGAUUACGAGAUAGUGGCCCUGAACCAAACACAUUCGCGCACCGGCUCCGGUGUACACACUCCCGCGGCGGGGGGCUCAAGAAGUCGCGCCUCUUCUUACAAUGCACCCGGGAGACCGUCGCUCGAUACACUAGAUAUUGGUGAUCUGCAUAUACCACCUCACGAGCCGCCUUCGUACGAUGGCGAGGGAUUCGAGGACGCGCCGCCUUAUACUUCGCCUGUGCAGGAACGACCGCCCCAACGACCGGAACCUGAGCGAGCAAUAUCUGGUGCGCCGCUUUUGCCUGCUAUCGGGCGGUUACCGAGUAUACGGAUAGCGGAUGCCACGCCGAUUGAGCCGAGGAUGGAGAUGCAGUGGCCGCAGACUGUACGGGAGUAG